AUGGACCGCGACAAGAUCGACAGUGGUAUUCUUGAGAAAGGAGAUGUGACUGAAGGAGAUUCUGCCACAUUUACUGAUCAGGGCUCUGUUAUAAACGCUUCUGGACAUACCGAUCAACUCACUCGUCAGUAUGGACUCGUGGGACUGACGGGCAUUGCUGUUACUGUCAACAAUGCCUGGGUUAUCCUUGGCUCGUCUAUCUCUGUGUCAAUCUUGAGCGGAGGUAUCUCUGGCGUCAUAUACGGACUUAUGGUCGCCGUAUUCUACUAUACUUUCAUCGGACUGAGCAUAGCCGAGCUUUCCUCCUCAUGUCCAAGCUCCGGCGGAGUAUAUCAUUGGGCUACUAUAGCAGCCGGUCCAAAAUGGGGCCGAGUGACCGGCUUCUAUGCAGGAUGGAUCAACUUUUAUGGCUGGAUGUUUGGACUAGCAUCUUUAGUUCAAGUUGCAGCCAAUGCUGGAGUACAGUGCUACGCAACACUCACACCUACAUUUUCCCCGUCAGCGUGGCACGUUUACGUUGCAUAUCUGAUCGUCAUAUGGCUGAGCGCAUUUGUCGUCAUCUUCUCCAAUCGACUUGUGCCUUAUACCCAGAAACUUGGCCUAUUUCUUGUCGUCGUCGGCGGUCUAGUAACAAUCAUCAUUGUCGCCGUCAUGCCGUUGAAGCAUGCAUCGAGUCAAUUCGUCUGGAACUCAUUUCAUGAAAACAACUUGACGGGCUGGAAUGAUGGAGUUGCAUUCAUGGUUGGAGUUUUGAACGGUGCUUUCACCAUUGGGACUCUGGAUGCCAUCACCCACAUGGCAGAAGAGGCUGCCAGCCCCAAGAAAGAUCUACCCAAGGCCAUUUUUCUAUAUAUCUCUAUUGGUGGUGUUUAUGCUUUGGCUUUCGCCAUUGUACUUGGAUACGCCAUCUCGGAUCUUUCAGUUCUCCAAGGAAAUUCCAACACAUUCCCAUUGGCCGGGAUAUAUCAUCAAGCGACUGGAAGCGCAGCAGCAACAUUUGCUCUUCUCUUCAUUAUUCUCAUAUCAUCCCUUUGCUGUGUUAUCGGCACCGUUUUAACCAACUGCCGAACGUACUGGACUCUAGCUAGAGAUCAAGCAGUGCCGUUCUCCCAGUACUUUAGCAGAGUUAGUACGAAACUUAGAACACCCGUCGAGUCGACCCUUUUCGUGGCAGUCAUAGCAUCGGGUAUCGGUGCAAUUCCACUGGGAAGUUCAGUUGGAUUCAGUAACCUGACUGGAUCCUUCAUCAUCAUUACCACAGUUUCAUACGCUAUUCCCAUCGUUGCGAACCUCCUCAGCGGUCGUGAGAGAUUCUCACCUGGACCUUUUCACUUGGGAAAAUGGGGGUCCAUGAUCAAUGGAUUCACCAUAUUACUCAUUGUCAUUUUCGACAUUUUCUUCUGUUUCCCCGUAGGGUUGCCAUUCGAUGGAUCGACUAUGAAUUACAACUCUGUAAUUCUCUGUGGCUUAUGUUUUCUUAUAACAAUCUGGUGGCUUGUAUCUGCUUCAAAGCACUAUCCAGGCCCUUCUUUCCGCCAUGAAUCACCUAGCAGCGAGAUCAAAGAGGAGGGAACAUAG